AUGGACGGUGCAGACAACUCACUUCCACCAGAGGCCCUCGCCUUGGCCGCGCGCAUGUAUAAUGCAGCAAGAGCCGGAGACCUGGCUACAUUUCAACAAGCUCUUCCUGCUGGUUUGCCGGCCAACAUGACAAAUGAAAAGGGCGAUACGUUGCUCAUGCUCGCCGCCUAUUAUGGCCAUGCGGAUUUAGUCAAGCUACUUAUUCAACACGGUGCUGAUCCUAACCGUCUUAACGACAAGAAUCAGAGCCCGUUGGCUGGGGCUGUGUUUAAGAAGGAGGAUGCGGUCAUCGAGGUUUUAUUAGAGGGUGGUGCGGAUCCUGAACAUGGAAAUCCAAAUGCUAUGCAGUGUGUAGCUAUGUUUAAGCAAGAGGAGGCGUGGAUGGCCAAAUUUGAGGCCGCAACUGGACGAGGAAAGGCGAGGGAGUCUGGGCAAGGUCCGUCAUUGUAG